UCACUUCCGCUCAAUAGACCGCUUGACAUUUACAUAUUGAAACAAUGUAUUCAGAACGGCCGGCACAAUGCUCUAUAUAUCCAUAUUUCUGCUUCUUAACUGCGGCUGUAUAUCCCAGAGCUAUAUCAUGAGGCCGCGCGAGAAGGUCAGUAGAGCUCUCCCCAAACGUCACCUCGUUGUCUAUCCAGAAGUGGUGCGGCUGGACGAGGAAGCUGGCCGAAGAGAAGGCGGCGGCGGCGGCGGCGGCAUGGAGGGCUGUGAGCCCAAGCAGGGCUGUGGCGGUGGAGGCGGGUCAACGCUAGGCGGCAGCGAUCCCAAGACCAAAGCCUCGAACAUUGCACAGAAGGCGGCGCAGGAGGCGAAGGCGGCGAAUGAUGCACAAAUGGCAGCCGCGGAAGCGGCCGCAUCGCAAGUCAAAAUUCAGCUGGCGGAGAAGGCGCUCCAGUCUGCGCGUGCGGCAGAGGCAGCUCUGGCGGGAAAACAGCAAAUCAUGGAGCAAUUGGAUGGGGAGCACCGCGAGGCGGAGGCUGUCGUUCAGGAUGUAAGUAACUCCUUACAGAAUACACAGGCGAACGCAGUGGCGGCCAAUGAUGCGGCCAACGAAGCGAAGACCCAGCUCGGCAAGCUCAAGCAACUGGUGCAGGCGUCCAUCGCGAAUCUGGCCAACAUCGAGAACGUCUCGAAUGGCGCACAGCAGGAGCUGGCCGAGAAGACGCAGCUGCUGGAAGCGGCCAAGAAUCGCGUGGAGAGCCUGUCCCGCCAGCUAGCCAUGGCCAAGCAGGACUUCGAGAAGACCAAAAAGGCCGCCUACAAGGCAGCCUGCUCGGCGGUCGAGGCCAAGCAGAAGGCGCAAAGGAGUCGACGGCGAACCGCUGGACCCGCACAGGAGGGUCCUCUUUGAUUAUAUACGACAAUAAAGAUGCACGCUCAUAUGUUUAUUUUAUACAGGUAAA